AUGGGUGUGUACAACUCGAUUUGGAAUGCCGACGACUGGGCGACACAAGGUGGCCGUGUUAAAAUCGAUUGGACCCAUGCUUCGUUUGUUGUGUCCUACCGGUCGUUUGAGAUCAACGGAUCAACAACAGCAAGGAUCGGCAUUUCUCGUACAAGAAAAAUCCCAUUUCCUUUUCCAUUGAAACACACCCACCCACGACUACAUUCAUCAUCAUUUCCUUCUUCUUCCUCUGACGUGAUCGGCAUUUUCAUUUCCCUCAUUCAACCCGUAAAUAUGAUGAGGAUAAAAUGGGAUGAGAAAGAAGCUGAAACUUUCAUAACUAUGGCAGAAUCUUGA